AUGUGGACCAUGCCAGAUUGGAUAAAUUACUCUGCACUUCAUAUAUGGCUCAUACUCUACUCUGUGUGCCCAAUAUCCACGAAUACGCGAAGUAAGUGCCUCGAAGGAACUGUUAAGUCUCAAGCCGAAGACUGUUCCAUAUAUUGGCAAUGCCUAAAUGGGGAAACUGUGCUACAAAGUUGUCCCACGCAAAGCUACUUUGAUCCAGCGUGGGAGGUGUGCGUCAUCGAUGUGAGUGGAAGAUGUGUGGCAGCAGUUGCGCAAUGUGCGGAGGGUCAGAUUGAAGUGAUUCCUGGAAAUAGUUGCGGUUUCUUUCGAUGCGUAAAUGGCAGCUUAGAGGAGGAAAAAUGUCAAUUGGGCAGCUACUUCAAUGCAAGUUUGAAACUCUGCGAGAUCGAUGAGAAUGGAAUUUGUGAUUCUAAACAGUGCAGCGAAGGUUCUUUACAAGCGGAUCCUAAGGACUGUUCAGGAUAUCUCAUGUGUGUCGAUGGAAAUCUAAUAGAAAAGAAGUGUGCAAAAGUCAGUUUCUUCAAUGCUGAUUUGAAGAUCUGCGAGAUCGAUGAGAAUGGCAUCUGCGACCCCAAUAACGACAAGUGUACCGAAGGGUCUUUGGAAGCGGAUCCUAAGGACUGUUCAGGCUAUCUCAUAUGUGUCGAUGGGAAUCAAUGCUGCCUUAAAGAUAUGUGA